GUCUUGAGAGCCCCCACAUCCUCCGGGAGCGGGGCGGGGAGGGACCUGACAGCCGGAGUGGAUGGAGACCACAGGUCCCCGGGCACAGGCUCGAGAUUAGCUGCUUCUUGGGAUGCUCCACGCGCCAGUUGAGCAUCCUGCCUGUGGUCCAGAGGGUGCUGGCGGCGCAUCCUGCGGUAUGCCUGCGUGGAUCUGAGCCAUCGCCCAGAAGCGAGCCCGCAUUCAGACGCCGCGGGCCGGCUCCCGGCAGGGCUGCGUGCAGUCAGCACGAAUGCUCAGCUCUCAGCGUCUGCGACAGCCUCCCGACCGCACGGAUUUGGCUGUUGAAUCAGCCGAGAUUACUGCCCGCGAAGAUUUGCGAGCCUGAUCCGCGCUCCAGCUGCCGUGACAACUUCAGGGCUGGCUGCCUACUUCUCUCGGUGCCCCGGACUCUGUCCUGCCCCGCGGCCACCCCUGCCCUUCCCGGCUCGGAAGUAGGCAGCGAGGACUCCUCUGACGGCAUCCCCGGCAAGGGGAGCAAGGAGGGGUGAAAAGACCAGCAGAACCCUCCAACUGCUCAACCUCCGUGACUGCCUGUGUUCUGGCGUUCUGAGAGGGACUGUGCACUGCCCGGGGAAGCAAUGCAAGUCUCCAUAGCCUGCACAGAGCACAAUUUGAAGAGUCGGAAUGGUGAGGACCGACUUCUGAGCAAGCAGAGCUCCACCGCCCCCAAUGUGGUGAACGCAGCCCGGGCCAAAUUCCGCACGGUCGCUAUCAUCGCGCGCAGCCUGGGGACCUUCACCCCUCAGCACCACAUUUCUCUCAAAGAGUCCACCGCGAAGCAGACUGGCAUGAAAUAUAGGAAUCUUGGGAAGUCAGGACUCCGAGUUUCGUGCUUGGGUCUUGGAACAUGGGUGACAUUUGGAGGUCAAAUUUCAGAUGAGGUUGCUGAACGGCUGAUGACAAUCGCCUACGAAAGUGGGGUUAAUCUCUUUGAUACUGCCGAGGUCUAUGCUGCUGGCAAGGCUGAAGUGAUUCUGGGGAGCAUCAUCAAGAAGAAAGGCUGGAGGAGGUCCAGCCUGGUCAUAACCACCAAACUCUACUGGGGUGGAAAAGCUGAAACGGAAAGAGGGUUGUCAAGAAAACAUAUUAUUGAAGGCCUGAAGGGCUCCCUCCAGAGGCUGCAGCUCGAGUAUGUGGAUGUAGUCUUUGCAAACCGCCCGGACAGUAACACCCCCAUGGAAGAAAUAGUUCGCGCCAUGACGCAUGUGAUAAACCAAGGGAUGGCCAUGUACUGGGGAACCUCGCGGUGGAGUGCCAUGGAGAUCAUGGAAGCCUAUUCCGUAGCAAGACAGUUCAAUAUGAUCCCACCCGUCUGUGAACAAGCUGAGUACCAUCUUUUCCAGAGGGAGAAAGUGGAGGUUCAGCUCCCAGAGCUCUACCAUAAGAUAGGAGUUGGAGCAAUGACAUGGUCUCCUCUUGCCUGUGGGAUCAUCUCAGGAAAAUAUGGAAACGGGGUGCCUGAAAGUUCCAGGGCUUCACUGAAGUGCUACCAGUGGUUGAAGGAAAGAAUCGUAAGUGAAGAAGGGAGGAAACAGCAAAACAAGCUGAAAGAUCUGUGCCCGAUUGCUGAGCGUCUGGGGUGCACGCUGCCUCAGCUGGCCGUGGCAUGGUGCCUGAGAAACGAGGGUGUGAGCUCCGUGCUCCUGGGGUCAUCCACUCCUGAACAGCUCAUUGAAAACCUCGGUGCCAUUCAGGCAAGUACGACAGCCCUUUCCACAAACUCCAGGGAAUUUCAUGGUGUCUUUGAAGAUGUCUCCAGGCAGUGUCCUGUCUCUCCCUACCUCUGUUCUUCAUCGUGUCACAGCUUCCAAGUUGCAUAAAAACCCAAUAUGGGGAACAGGCUACCUGUUCCUACAUGGGCGGCGGAGGGGAAGUGGGGACAAAGACACAAGAAGCUCAGAAUUGUAGAAUACAUGGGUCCAUGGAUGUCCUCUUCUUAACAGGCAAUGCUCUUGAGACUCAUUUCUCAGGAAGGUUUGUUUCUGUGUGGGUCAGUGCAUUCCAAGACCCAAGCACUGAUGCACCUGGCGCCUGGGCUCCCAGUCCUGCCCAUCAGAGCCUGUUUAAUAACCUGCUCGAAACGUAAUAGCCAGAGCACAAUACUCAUACAUCACUUCGUUUGUUCUUUCCACAAAUGUUUCCUGCCGCUCCACAGUGUACCAAGCCCCUCCUUUCUGCCCCCAUGGCAUCCUCAGCCCUCCUCCUCACAGCUCUUAGGAUAACAAGGAUCAUGCCUGUCUCCCUGCUGGGCUGGAAGGCCCCUGAGCACAGAGACCUGUGUCUUUCCUGCUUCUCCACUGACUUUCCAGUUCCCAGCAUACUAGAUGGCCCUUCCUCAGCACUCAAGAAAUCCUGUUGAAUGAAUGGUUUGACACAUUUUAAGAGAAACACAAAUUCUAUUUUGGGCUUCCAGGGUCACACCUCCCUAGCAGCAAAUUCAGAAGGGCCCAUCUCCACUCCCUACCCAGUGUGGAUGCCUGAGGCGCAAGGCACUGGAUGGAGCCUGGAGGGACAGGAAGAGGGCAAGUGGGAGAGGUGUUCCUGGGAGUUUUAUCUGACGAGACGGGUGGGGCUGGCGGCUGAUGCGACCAUCCCCUCCCCCAAAGGCCACGUCUCAAUCCUGAGCCCGCCCCACUCUCAGCCCCACUCGGGGCCUGCCCAGUCCUCUCGCCAUAGCCACCACCUGCCCAACAGGUAAGGUGCCUGUUUUCCUCUAGCUCCCUGGGAAACAGAACUGUCUCCCAGCUGCUCCCGUCCACCUGUCCCUGAACAGGCAGUGAGCCCUGGCACCUCUCCCAGAGGAAACAGACAGAGGGGGGACAAACUGGAUUAAAGUUAAAAUGUUUAAAAACCAUUUUGAAGGGUAGCCCAGAAUAUGCUGGGAGUAAACGGUGCAGCCCCGCUUCCCCGCCACCACCUUUCCUAGGGCUGUGCAGCAGGGUCAUGGUCUCUGCCCCUCUGCACCCAGGAACCACUGGAACUCCUCCUGGGAAGGCCACCCCCCUUCUUUUCACUUAUGCUCUGGGAAAGACGAAGGCCACACAAGGAGGAGGAAGAGGAAAUGGGGAGCAGCCUGUACACAAAAGAACUGAAAUUCAAUCCAAUGAUCUCAGCUCCACUAGUAUUUACUGAGCAUUGAGUCUGUCUGCACCCGGCCAGGCAGGGAGCACGGAGACACCAACAGCAGGCCCAAGAGCUGGCUGAGAGCAAAUUAAGAAACCCACCCUAGGUUCCUUCAGCAGAUUCGAGAGCCUAUUACGUGCAAGGCCCUGCAGACACCACAGGAAACAAGAAAGAUACUGUCCAACCUUCAAGGAGCUUUCCUUCCAGUGGGAGAGAGACAGAAUAAACAAACAUAUGAGAUAAUUUCAAAUUGUGAGAAGGGCUAUCAAGUAAAUAAGGAGGGUGCUGUAAUAGAGACUAAUUGAGAAAUGGGUGGGGCUACUUUAGAUAACAUCCCUGCCGAAGGCCCCUCUGGGAUAUGUGUAUUCUGAAGCCUAGAAGAUGAGGACGCAGGAUGUGGAAACCCAGGAGAGAGCACUGCAAACACAGGCAGAGCAGUGCAGACGGCCCGAGCCGGGAAGGAGCCUGGCUUUUCCCAGAGCUGCCAGCCUAAGGCCAGCAUGGCAAGGUGGCGACGCACUGGAGACGCAGGCAGGGAGAUCUCACAGGACACGAGAGGGGUCAGUUUUGUUCCACAUGGAACGAAUCCUCUGGAGGGUUUUAAGAAGAGGAGGGACAUGCUAUUACUUGAAGUUUUAAAGAUUGCUCUGGCAAUCUUUGUAUGGAAAGUAGAAUGAAGCAAGACCAGGACUGCUGUCCAGGUGACAGGUUAUGGGGCGUGGAUAAAUUAAGACGGUGGCCAUGGAGGUGAAGUGGACAGAUUCCGGAGGCUGUGGAAAGAAAGACAACACGACUUGCUGAUGGCUUGGCAAGGAGAGGAAGGAACUGAGGAUUCCCGUCACGCUAAUUCAGAGCGGUCCCUGCCAUCCCAGGGGGAGUUAACGCUGCCUGGGGAGGGUAAAGAGGCAGCUCCUGGGCUGUGGGAGACUCCAGGAAGCUAAAGAUACAUUUCAGAGGAAAACUCUGAGUCACUCACCUUCCCAAAGCAUUUCCUUUCUAGCAAGUCUCAGGUGGUGGCAGGAUGGGGCUUCCAUGCUCAAAGGGUAAGGGAAGAGGGAUGUGAUGCAUACAGGGAGGCUGCUACCACAGGGCUUACCAUCCCCUCCCCUUUCUACUCCCACCUUGGUCAGCCCAAUACCCAAGAUUCCGCCCUAGGCAAGCUGGCAUUGGGCCCCUGGAUAUGAUGAAAGUAGACUAGGUGGCUGGGGGUUCCCAGUAGCAGUGGGAUUGGCUGCAGGACAGAAAGCAUGUAGUGCUAGCAGUUGAAGGAAAGGAAAUUUCUAAUGGGUACAGGAAGGCAGCUGCAACAAGGCGUGGAAUGUGCCCAAGGUGCGCACACACUGGAGGAGCAUGUAUAAAUCAAAGCCAAAAGAGAUGGGGGACUAGAGAGGAGAAACCACAGCCGCAGGCAGCCCGCCAUCGCCGGCACAGGGCCCCGUCCUCUCCACUUCCACCUAAACAGUGGGUAGAACUGCCUCCACCCCACCAGCUGUAAAACCCUCUGAGACUCUCCAUCACCUCCUUAGUAAGAUCCGGGCCCCUGAGCAGUCAGGCCCUCUACAGCCAGGGCACAUCUCCGCUCCCCGCUCCUCCCCCGAAUCCUAAUCUCCAGCCGCAAUGAACUACUCAGAUCCCCAGAAGUAAUAGUGGUCCUCUGCCUGCAAAGUGUCCCCCACCACAGUCUGACAAAAUCCUGCUCCCUCCCCAAGAUCCAGCUCAACAGUGACCCAAACCUGGGAGGACUUCCCUAAUACCGCCCGCCCCUGCCCUGCUGGCCAGGCCUCCCCUCACCCACCAAUUACUCUAGUCAGUAUAACACCAAGGUUGCAAAACUGGUGGCCCAUGGGAUAUUUGUGUCAUGUCUAGUAGAUAAAAAUGUUUUAAAACAGUUGACAACAUUAAAAAAUUGGGCAAUUUCACAUAAAAUUCUGGAUGUAUGGCUUCUCCUGAAAAUUUAGGUCUUCCAACACUCUCCGUGUUUUUCAUGUUUUAUUCAAGUACUUAUAUGCUUUCAUUUUUUUAAUGUUUAAAUCUCUUCUGAGAUUUAUUUUGGUGUAAUGAAUGAAGACAUUUUUUCUUCACACGGCUAACCCACUAUGUUUGAGACACAAAUCUUCCAACAAAUCUAGUUUCUAGCUUUGGGUCUCACUGUUGCAGUCUCACUUGAAAUAAUACAUUAGUUCAGAUCCUCUGAGACUCCACAGCUGGUGGGAACUCGAACUCUCCCUUUAGCUUCGGUUAGGAAAAUGUUAACCGAAACCAGUUUCCCAGGCUGAGUAGCUCCACAGCUCUGCCAAGCCCUGAGGUUUCUGAGGACAGCACUUGAGUGAGACCAGGUCACCCUGGCCAAGGCGAUUGCAGCAGGGGAAGGGGGAGGCAGAAACCGCAAAUUGGGCGUCAUAAGUGUAUUUCACCACAGUCUCCACACAGGGUCAGGCUAUUCCUGUGAAAAAGUCUGCAUCCGGCCCUCGUCUUAUGGUGUAAUGUGUGCCCUUGGCCCACUUCUCCCCAUAAACGCUAGCCCCUGCGCCGGCCUCCUUUCCCAGGGCUUCGAUUAGCAUGUCCAUGCAAAUGACUCGCAAACCCUGGACUCCAGCCCUCCUCCCACGCUCCUCAGCUGCACUUCCAGCGGCCAGGCUGCUUACGAGUCAUUUCUACACGAACUCCCAGAGGCACCUUUCACUCAACACACCCUGCUCCAAAGUUUCUCCAAAUGACUUCUCCUAUGCUUUCCAGUCCUUAGAACCUACAUCAAUAACCUUCUGGUCACCCAGCCUUGAAAUCUUCCUCUUUCAAAGUGCCUCAGAUCCACUCCCCUUCUCUACUCCACCGCCCCAUCCUAGUUAAGGCCCUUGGUGUCACUGGCUAACAUCUGUGUCCCCUUUCAAUCUCCUCCAACUCAUCCUUCAGACUACCACCAGGUGUCUGAUGGGGUCACUCCCCGCUGAGAAGCCCUGACAGUUUCCCCACUGCCUAAGGAAUAGUCACAACUCCAAAAAAUGGCAUUCAAGGCCUUCCACACUUUUUACCCCAACUUCUCUUCCCCCUAUUCCUACCACUUCCACACCUCCACCACUCACUCUAUACUUAUCACUCCAUUUCAUGGACUGUCCACUUUUUCAUGCUAUUCCAUCUGCCUGGGAUGCCUGUCAAGCCCUGGCCAUCCUUUACCAGGGUUCUGACACCCAGUGGUAAAGAAUCUCUCACCAGUCUCUAGACUUGUGCUGUCCACUACCGUAGCCUCUAGCCACAAGUGGCUACUGAGUGCAUGCAAGGUAGCUAAGCCAAAAGGAGAUGUGCUGUACGUGUAAAAUGUACACUGGACUUGAAAGACUUAGUACUUAAAAAAAAGGUAAGGAUCUUAAUAAUUUUCUAAAGGGACUACAAGUCAAAAUAUUUUAGAUAUAAUAGAGUAAAACUACAUAUUAAUUUCACCUGUCUCUUUCCACUUUCAUAAAUGUGGCCACUAGAAAAUCUAAAAUUACAUAUGCAGCUUGCAUUAUAUAUCCAGCAGCUCUGGAUAUAUUUUUGUGAGCCCUCAUUUAUACCUUAUGCCUUCAUUUACUCAGUCAACUAAUAAUUACGAGCACCAAAUAUGGGCCAAGCACUUACAGGCACGGGAGGUACAGCGGUGAAUGCAACAAGGUCCCUGACCUCACGGAGCCUACAGUCUGGUGGGGAGCGUACAUUCUACUUGCAGUUUAUAAAGGUAUACAAGUCAAGAUGACUUUGCUUAAUAUUGAGCACAAGAAACCAAUUUCAAGCACUAACCACAUCCUUUGUACUUCUCACGGUCUCAGGUUCUCCCAAAGAUGACAACACAUGUGGUAAAUGAGAUUGAUAACAUACUGCGCAACAAGCCCUACAGCAAAAAGGACUACAGAUCGUAAGGCAGUGCAGGAGCCGCAGGA